AGAAUGGAUAUGUGCUCUCUCUCCUCCACCUUUUCUUCUUCUCCUCCUCCUCUGUCUCAUCUCUGUCUUCCUUCACCUUUCUCUGCCAGCGUCGCACCCUGGGCACCCUCAGUGCCGGCACUCGGGGGGAAAAGAAGCCUCGUCGGGUGGACGGGCUGCUGAAAACUGAACUUCAAUGUCAGCAGAGGAUCAGAAGAAUGGUGGGGACAAACCAGAAGCCACGGUGCCAGUGACUCAGGUAUGGCCAGAGGUGGAGAGGGCCGAGUCUUUGGCCCGCGGUGCUGCCCUGAAGUGGGCGUCAGGUGUUUUCUGUCGACCUGAGCAACUGGAGCGCUUGAGCCAGUACAGGAAGAGAGAGAGUCAGAGGACCGCCUCCAUACACACCAGACUUAAGUCCAUGGUCCAGUCGUACCUGGAGGGGGUAGGCUGGGGUCUGGAGCAGCUCCGGGAGGCCAGGGCCGAGCUGAAGGAGGUGUCGCAUGCUUUGCAGAAAGCGGGACUGGAGUCCUAUCGAAACACUGAGGGGGUGAAGUCUCUGGAGAGGCUGAGAGAAGUGUCAGUCAACCACUGUCAGCUCCUCGCUGCCGUUAGCAACCUGCCGCGACUUUACUCUGUACGUAGCAUGGUGUUGGAGACUGAGCGUCUGGUGGAGUCCCGGCGGCUCCUGGAGGCCCACGCCCGGCUGAUGGAUCUGGAGUGCUGGCAGGACGACAUCCUCUGGCAGCUCCAUGGGGUGGCAGGAAGUACGCUCAGCACAGAAGACCACGAGCUAGUGACCAAAUAUUUCUCUGGUGUCGGGCAGCUGGUGGACGCCCUGGGUAAGGAGCUGUGGGCGGUGGUAAGCAGUGCUCUGGCUCUGGCCCGACAAAACCCCACACCAUUUGUAUCAGCGGUGAGGAUUGUGGAGCGGGAGGAAGCCCUGGACCAAGCUUUCAUAGAAGAAAGAGGGGGAACCAGGGGCAACAGCAGGCCCCUGCCCCCGGGACGACCUCGCUGCUGGAGAACAUGCUUCUUCCAGGUACUAGAGGAGGCGGUUUCUGCGCGGUUUCGCAGCGUUUCCUACCUGCACACUCGUGGGCCGGGUCUGGCUGGCCACCUCUCUGCUCUCCAGCAUGGUAUUAUGGCUGACCUGGCCACUGUACGCCACCUGCUGGAGCACUGUGUCCCGCCGCACUAUCGGCUAACAGGAGCUUACCUGAGGGCCAGCCACCGCUGUUUACAUGCACACCUGGCACAGGUUAGCAGCUGGGACCUGGAGAGUGGUGAAAUCUUUGCUGUGCUCAACUGGGUGCUACACAUCUACAACAGCCCAGACAUGAUGGGUGAUCCAGAGCUGGUGAGUGAGAUGGAGAAAGAAGAACUAGGACCUCUCAUCUCCACCGAGGGACUGGAGCAGCUGCAGAACAAAUAUGUGCAGAGUGUUCGGAAGAGUGUGUCAGAGUGGAUGCACAAAGCUCUACAGGUAGAGCUGCAAGACUGGCAGAGAGACCAGGAGCCAGAUACAGACCAUGAAGGUUUCUACCACACCAGCCUGCCCACUAUCAUCACACAGAUGCUGGAGGAGAAUGCCCGGGUGGCUCUGAUGAUCGGAGAAUCCCUACGAGAUCAGACUAUACAGAUGGGACUGUAUGAGAUGGAGAACCUCCUGAACAGGUUUCGAGAAGCUCUGGUGGAAUUUGGGAAGGAGCAUCGUAGGGAUCCGAGCAACAAAAAAAACAAGUUCUACCUCCACUAUCUGCUGGCCUCCAUCAGCAACUGCAUCAUCCUCAAAAAGUCCACAGAGAGCCUGCAGCAGCAGCAGUCGUCACGGUCUGCAGGGCAGUUCUCUCGGACUCCUCCCAACCCUCUGGCAGCUCUGGACCGGGCGGUGAGACGGGCGUGUCGCCUAGUGAUGGAUCACCUCCUAUUGGACCUUCAGCCUUUCCUCCCAGGCCUGCUGACCCGACCCUGGCUGGUCCAGGGAGACCCUACCCCUAAACUCUGCCGCGUCCUGGAGCAUCACCUGGAGCUGUACGGCCGUGUUCGACCACCCUGCCGCCAGCGUCUGCAGGAGGAGGCCCAGUGGCUGAUGGUGGUGGAGUACGUCCGGACUCUGAUGCAGAAGAGGCUGGUGUGUCGCAGCACCGAGGAGAGGAGGCAGCUCGCCCAGCAGAUGGUGCAGGAUGACCAGCAGUUUAGGGAGAUCUUCCAUGGCCUGGAGGGUGAAGGGUCAGUACCUGAUGUGAAUCCUUUGGCCAUGCUACCCGUCCUGGCUGACUUCAUCCGACUGAAAGACCCCGGCAUGCUCACACUGGAAGUUUCUGGACUCGCAGCCAAAUACCCCGACAUCAGUGAAGAGCAUGUGUCUGUACUGCUGGACAUCCGUGGUGAUGUCUCCAGGGACAUCAGAGGGGCUGUACUUGACUUGCUGGAGCAGAGCGCCCCCCCUCUGCCUGCAGGAUACCGGCCCAUCUUCACUGACAUCAUGGUGCCUCCCUCCACCCUGGCUUUCUGCCUGCCCACUGCCAAGUGUGCGUGACAGGGUCUGAAACUGCGGCCUUACCUCAGACGUUCACAUUAAAACCAGGGUGGAUCUGGUUAUCAGAAAGGUCAUUAAGCCGAGUGCUCUACGCUUGUCGUUGCACUAAAAUAUGCAGGACCUGGACCAGGAGUCUGUUUCUGUUUCUGCCUCUACCGCUUAUUAUUUAUCCAGAGAGCAUCAACUCUCAAGUUACUUGUUCCUUCCUCAGCUGCAUCUGGCUUUACUCUCACAAUGUUCCACACAUCGUCCAUACUGGGGCCUGCCCAGUGCCAUCAUCACUGUCUUGUUUUGUUGCCCGCUGAAGUAAGUUGAGUGUGCAGGGCCUUGCUCCACGGCUCCUUAUAUACAAUAACAAUACAAUUUCAGAAUCUAUGAGCCACUGUGGCUAAAUUGUUCACAAGAGUUGCUUUAAAGUCUUUAAAAUAUUAACGGUUUAAACAAUAUUUUCUCGUCUGUCACAACUUGUUGUCAUGUGUCUCAGCAACUUGCUACACACUUAUCUGGACUCUCCAUAUGUUCCGGUGCAUGAUGCUGUCAAACGGGUGAUGCAGCUUUAAAGGGUCAAUUCACUGUUCGCUGUUAACAGAUUACAUUGACAGGACUUUCCACUGAACAAAACCUUUCAGCUCAGUUAUGUGUGGGUGGCAGCAGACCUUUUAGAGGCAUAUGUCUUAAAAGCUUAGCACACAAACCCAAAACAAUUUGCUUGACUACAUAUUACUGAAAAGCGUUGGAGGGUUUUGUGAUUUGGGUGAACUGACAAGGAAGUGGCAUUCAUUACAUAACAUUAUCACCCACUGGAUAUAAUUUAUCAGAAAACUGUGAAACCUUUCUGAAUCCUGACCAGUAAUUGAAAAACACAACCUGACAGCCAAAGAAGAGCCUGAUAGUUCCCUCUGAAGAAACAACACUUGGAUUUUAAAUUGGCAAAUUUGUGUUAAUGAGGCAAUGUUCAUGCUGAGCCUAGGAAAUCUAGGAAAUGAAAUCUAGAAAAAAAGUAAUUUCUGGUAUAUUCAAUGAAAAGUCAAACAAUGGUCACAACAAAAACUACAAAGAUGGAGUCCACGAAGCAUCUGAACGGUUGUUCUGCAGUAUAUCAGUUAACACAGACAGUAUAUGACUUUUAGAAUAUAGAGAGAGUUUUAUUAAAGCAUCAUCACAUCGCAGCCUGGACACAGCAAAGACUGAACAUGGGCUCCUGGACUGUGAACCAUACCUGAGGAACUAGGGCUGCUAAUUCAUUACUUUUAAAUCACCUUUAAAAUCACUUGUCAUCAUGUAUUUGUUAUUUUGUCCAAUUUGAUCUCGUAUUGUUGUUGAUAUUGGGUGUUUUUAAUCUGUUUUUUUUAUAUGUAUUUAUUGUAUUUAUGUAUUAUUUUCUGCUAUUUCCUUUUGAAUAGUAUUUCCUAUUGUUACUAUAAAGAAUAUUUCCCUUGUUCUGGUUCAAUGCCAACCUCUAAAGCACAUUGUAAACUCACAUAAAUGCUCAAAUAAAUGCUUUAAGUUAAGCUUCA